CGCAAUCGCAUCAUCGCAUGUCGAGCGAACUAUGCCAGCAUGUUUUCGCGCAGCGUAAACAAUGAGUUUCUAUGCUUCCUACUGGCCAUGUGUGCCUUUGUGCCGUGUAUCGUAGCUGAAACUCCAGGUUGCACGCUGUUGAACAAGGACUCGAAAUCGGAGAAGGCGCUUUUAGAAGGCUUGCACGACUUGAAGGGCGAAACUUUCACUGUCGAGGACAGGGUAGACGGCAAAUUGAAGAAUAUCUACGAAAUCGGAGUCUGCGCGAGCGUGAAUAAGUCGGCGCCACAAGUAGGAGCGGUUCAGCAUGUCAUUGGCGAUAAAGGCAAUCAAACGGUUAUGUUAGGCCAGCUGAAUUCUACCACGCUAGCUGGAGCCCCUGGGUGGACUCUAGUCACUUACAGAAAUGGAGAUCGCUAUAAUGGAUCCUGUAACAACUCGUCGCGUGAAGUCCAGUUGGCAGUCCUCUGCAGUCCAAACGAGCAUCACGGCACCCUGCAAAUCGCGUCCAGUGGCCGUGCGGGAGAGACGGCGUGCUCGUUCCUUUUUGUGAUCAGCAGCAGUGUCGUUUGUUCAAAGGAGAAACACGAGCAGCAUCAUCGCGGCCUCAGUGGCGGUGCUGUAUUUUGCAUACUUUUUUUCACAGUGGCCGGCAGUUACCUGCUCCUGGGUUUCCUGUACAAGCGCAUUGUUGUUGGAGCAAAAGGCCUGGAGCAGAUUCCAAACUAUAGUUUCUGGAAGGAUUGUGGCAACCUUCAAGCUGACGGCUGCAACUACAUCUGCCGAUGCCAGUGUGACUCCUCCGACGAGCACCGCUCCUACCGGGACAUUGACGACAGGCCGCUACGUCCGGACGAAGACAGGGACGACCAGCUGCUUACCAUGCAUUAGCUCUCUUGGGUUCGUGAACAGCAUGCAUCGCCAAGUAGAUGUGUGGGCGAGAGAGAAGCAUGGAGAGGGAAAGUUUUGACUGCAGGCAUCUUGUAGUUAGUGCUAACAGACUUUACAAGCUGGUUGUUCUGUCGUCUAGGUUUAUAUAUUUCUGGAACCAGAGAUAUCUUGAAAUCUGCUGUCAAAAUGUUUUUUUUUUCUUGGCAGUCUCUAUGGCAUAGCUGUUCCCUAUGGAAGGCCUUGCACACAGCCGCUCUAUGUCCCACCACUGUCGUGGGAAGAAAACAUGCUGUAGAUGCAGUGGAACAGUUUACGAACAACAAUGUGUGAAGCGGAGUGUGAAGGUUGCACAUAUACUACAGUUUCAAUAACUCUGCAUGUGAGACGACGUAAAAAUAAUUUGCAUCCUUCAGGUCUAGAAACAUAAACAGGUUUCUGGACAGCUAGAAACUGGUGCCUGCGAGGACUUUCAAUGAGGGUUUUCCAUUGGGUCAGUUUCCGACGUGGGGAGCUUCAUCAGAGACAUAGUGACGGAACUGUAGAGGUGAAAACUACUUUGUUGGCAUCCCAGAGGAGAAACCAGCCAAGUGGAAGGCGGCGACAGUCAUGGGACGGUGCAGAAAACAGAUGUGUUAGUGAGGUUUACUGCUCCUGGAAGGGCCUUUCCAGCUUUUUGUUGCGUACAUUUACCUGAUCUCCGAUGACCAUGAAUGUUGGGGACCUGUGCCAAGGCUUCCCAUAGCACUGUGACAAUCAUCACGGGUGCUUUUCAUUGUGGCUUCACAUUAAUUGCUUGUGCCAGCCAAAGAUGCUGAAUGUGUAGCAAGGGUAGCCAAUUAUGUGCACAAAAACAGUUCACAAUAAGCACAAGCUCAGCUAUCACUGUUUAAGUUCAUGUGCACUGUGCAAUUUUUCUUUAAGUUCUCAGAGAAUCGAGCCUUGUCGUAUACUCGUGCACAUAUGGUAUGCAUGGCUGGGAAAGUAUCAUGGUUGUUAUACAUUUGCUGCACCAAGCCUACUCUUGCACCAUCGUGGUUGCCGGCUUUCGACAAAAGGAAGGGAGGAGUUUUAUUCUCAGUCAGUCAAUUUUUGGGAUGCCUCCACUUUUGCUUGACCUGCCUGGCAUCUGGUGCAACGCUGUGCUGGAGCGGCAGGUGUUCUGGUUGCCAGCUUGGCCAGUCGGCGUUCACAGAAAAUGGUGUCCCUAAAAGUGAUGCCACUCCAGAAGCCUCCAAUUCAAAGAAUGUGCAGGUUCAGCAGAAGUUGUUGCAACGGUCCUUAAAGCAUGAUGGCAUUUUCCCUAAUUGAACACCGUCAGUUCAGUUUUAUUGGGAAGAGGACAAGUUAGCUUUGUCUGGAAGCGUUUAGAUUAUGGUUAUGUUCUUGACUCACACUUAGCGAGUACACUUCUGUCUUCUUUAAGUAGAGUCGGUGUGACAAUUGGAUGACCAGUUAGUGGGCAAAGAGUGGCUUGUGCUCUUUGCCGUUUUCAUGGUGUCGAGAGACUCCUGAGCAGCACUGACAGCUGCAGGCAUGAGAUGACCACUCAAUUUUGUCCAAGCUGCAGAACAGCAGUUUCUUAAAAAAUCUUCAGGUAGCUUCGUCACACAGUGUUGCCACUUAACACAUCACAACAAGGAUGACCAUUCUGGUGAAAAUUGGGUACUUGAGCCUGUGUAUUUUUUAAUUUCUUGACUCGACCUUGCGCUCAUAUUUCAUAAAAGUGAAGGGCUGCAGCACCUGUCUGCUGAAGUGGUCACCGCAAUUCGUUAACACCCCUCAGCAACUAUUGAGCUGCACUUUUCCCAUAGGGCACUUUUUUCCAUCUACUCGAAGGCGCUGAUGUGGAAAGGUUCUUUUCAACUGAAACCUUUUCGUAGAAAUUUUGAAGGAGCAGUGUUGAAACACAGCGACUGUUUCAGCCAAGGCUGCAGCUUCCCACUUUUUAGAGUUGAGGUGAAGUAGUGUUGAGCUGAGGAACAUUUACAGAUACAGGGGUCAGUGCACAUUCUAGAGCUUGGUGCACCGUUCAUCACCAUGGUUACAGCUCUCAUGCACUUCCUGCUUGUGAAACCAUAGAGCUGAUUGUUUGCGUUGUAACCCAUGUUUAUGUGGCCAUGAAGUCAGUUGCAACACGCACAUGUUGCUCAUAAGAAUGUGUAGAGCUCAUCACAUGUACGAGACUUUACAGGCAUGCAAUGCUGCCAUAUUGUGGCCACUAUAUGGCAGUGCUUAACAUUCUCAAAUAGGAGUUUGUGAGGUGGAGCUUGUCAGAUAGCUGUCAUUCAAACCCACGUUCAUGUUGGCCAACAUUCCAUGCAAUGUUAUGGAAGACCCUGUGCUUGUGACAUGUUUUUCCCACACGCCCUCUCUUUUUCUUUCUCUUUUGGACACGAGCAACAGCAAUUUAUAAAUUUCAGCCUAUCAAAAUGCAUGGUUUAUUGAUUGGUUGAUUGACUGAUUGAGUGGGCUUUUACAUUGUAAAGACAUAAAACCACAGCCUAGAUAUGAUGGAUGCCAUAGUUGGUUGCUACGUAAUAAUUUUAACCACCUGAGGUCCUUUGAUGGAAAUCUCAGCAGCUGAGAAGAUUGGACUUGAUAUGGUUCAAGCUUUCAGCGGUAACAUGUUAUGUUUGCAGAAUGAAGAGUCGCGCUCUGCUGAUAAGCUGGGUAUGCAGGCAAGGAAACUGCCAAGGCCAGCAUAUCAGCAGAGCGAGACUCUCUUUCAGCUGGCUCACUUCUGGUCAAACUUUUUGAGCACAAGCCCUUGCCACUGCCUUCAUAGUGAGCUAUGGUAGAGGAAACUAAGAAUGUUUGAGGAGCUAGUUAAUCGUACAGAAUGCGGGAACAAUGCCAAACACAAGGGCAAAUAAUGCCAUUUUCUCUGUGAUUAUCUCUGUGGUUUAUGUCUGGUGCCACCUCCAUAUCGUGGUCUAAAAAUUUGACAGGACAGCUUGUUUCAUUACAAAUAUGACCCUCCUCUUGGAAUUCCAGCACUCAAAAAUAAAUGGUGCGUUAGGCUUU